GGUCAAGCUCGCUUCAUAACAAAUACUCAACUAGACUUCCUUUGCUGCACAGCAGAACGAGAGAAAUCUUCCGGUCCAUGUCAAUUGCCUUUGUUCUUCUCUGAUGCUGUGAGUUCAAGAUGGAGAACAUGCAAUAUGCAGAGGAGCUCGUGAGGGAGUUUCUUGUCUUCAGAGGGUUUACAAGUACUUUGCAAUCUUUAGAAUCUGAAUUAUCCACUGAUAUUGGCAAAGGCUUUCAAGUGGAUAAGAUUCUAGAGUUAAUUUUCUCAGUAUAUGUGCCCAAAUUCCAGGCUGAAAGAUUAGUUAGUCUGCUGAAUUUUUUCAAGCAAUGUUUUUCAUCCACUGACAUGGUUCUUUUCACCACGUUAUCAAAGUUGGAGGUCUCAAUUCUACAUUACUAUAUUGUCCAUUCUAUACAGUCUGGAAGGAAAGACAAACUCAUAGAAUUUCUUGGGACAUAUGGCAAUGAUUUACUACAAAGCAGCCAGGAUUGGACGCCAUGGUUUGCUAUUCCAUAUCUAAAGAACCCGAGUUUGGAUCCUCAAUUUCGUGUUUACUUUUCCAGAGAGUGGUUCGAUGCCUUACAUCUAUCAUUCAGAAAUUUCUUGAGCGAGAUCUUCAAUGGUUCUCGCAUCCCUGCCCUAUUAAAGACCAGUACAGAGAAGAAUACAAUCAAGCGUCUAGAGAAAGACAUUAGACAACUCAAUGAUAAGUUGUCACAGCUUCAGGCUCUAUUAGAGGAAAAGGAGGUUCAUCUAUGCCUGCUAAAAGGUAUGGUUUCAUCAACGAUGGAAAGAGGCAGGACCCAAAAUGAUUUCUCUCCACAUACAGUAUCUGAGACUCCAGUUAAGGGUGCAAAUAAAGCUAAUUCUCCAUCUGCGGGUCUUGAUGAACAUGAAGAUACUUUUGCAACUGAACAACUGGGAGAAACUGAAGCUGGGGUUCAGGAUUGGGAUGUUACUAGCCCUGCUACAUUAUCAUCAGGACUGGCUCUAUCCAAGCAAGAACAUGAUGCAAGUUCUACAAAGCUUCCUGUUGGAGAUGGUGGAACUGAGGAUGAUCUUCAAAUGUUUCAAGGCGGCCUUUAUACAGAAAAGGGUGGAGAAGUGCAUAUAGAUGAAGAAUUUUCGGAAGUGAAAGUAGAGUUCCAGGAAACAUUCUUAGGCCACACCAGUCCAAUUAGUAGGUGCCGUUUCUCUGCCUCCGGGAACAAUGUUGCAAGUGCUUCUGUGGAUGGCACAGUCAGGAUAUGGACGUAUGACUCUUCAACCUCAACAUCAAGAAAUGCAACUAUAUGUUGCGGGGCAGAGAUUAUGUCACUUGACUGGGAGUGCAAAUCUGACCGCUUGUUGCUCAUAGGCACAGCUGAUGGGGGCAUUAAAGCAUGGAAUGUUGAUGCAAAAAGAGUUGUCUGCGAUCUCAACACAACUGCAAGCUACCCGAGAGUCUUGGAUCUGAAGUGCAGCCCCGUGGAACCAAUUUUUGUCUCUGUGGCAGCCUCUAGAGGGCAUGGCUCAAGUUUUAUUGACCAAAUGGGGUUUGCUUCGUUGACUGUUUGGAACAUGAAGACGUGGAAGCCUAUGACAGUCCUUCCUCUUGGUAAUGAUCCACCAGCAAUUACGUCUGUUUGCUUUAAUCACAAUGGGAAGAUUUUAGCUGCCUCUGCAACUGAUGGAAUGAUUCACAUGUUUGACAUGUCAGCCGGCUUACAAAUUACAGGCUGGCCUGCCCAUGAUUCUGCUCUAAGCUCUGUUCUGUUUGGUCCUGAUGAGACGAGCAUUUUCAGCUUGGCUUCUGAUGGAAAAAUAUUUGAAUGGAGCUUGCAUAACCAGGGUCAAAUUCUUUGGUCUGGAGAUUGCAGCAGGUUCUUCAACCUCGAGAGUGCAGAAUUCUGCAGGCAUGAAAUGGCAUUAGACGCGAAUGGAAAGAGACUAUUGGUAACUUCAAAUUCAGUUAGAUCACCUAUAUAUCAGGUUCAAGGUCAUCAUACAAGAGGUUUGAGAACACUUCCACACUCAGCAGCUAUAACAACAGUUGAUUGGCACCCAACCUUGCCUAUCUACUUGACUGGAUCAGCUGAUCACUCAGUCCGAGUCACAUCCAUUUGCUGAGGUUUCUUUUGUUAAUUCUUUUCCCCCCAUUUUAUGGGUUCUUCUUUAUUCAUUAUGCCCUUCAUUUAUUUAUUGUUUAUUUUGGUGGAUGGAAUGUGAUUUAACUCA